GCCGGAAGUUGGGUCUGCGCGACGGUGGCUCGGGGCGGCGAGCUGAGACGCUGGGCGAUGGCGGGCGGGGAGCGAUGACCAGGCUUCUGGGCGCGGCGCGCAGAGUGGUUCUGGCCGCCGUGAGCUGCAGUGCGCGCGGCUGCUGCAGUCUCAGCAUGUUUUACGCCGUGAGGAGGGGCCGCAAGGCGGGGGUCUUCCAGACCUGGAGCGAAUGCAGAGCCCAGGUGGACCGGUUCCCCGCUGCCAGAUUCAAGAAGUUUGCCACGGAGGAGGAGGCCUGGGCCUUCGUCAGGAAGCCUGCCAGCCUAGAUGGCUCGGAAGGGCCAGAAAAUAAACAUGAAAAAGAAUCACAAGUGAAAGCCAGCAAGCGACUCCGUGAGCCCUCGGAUGGAGAGGAAAAUGCAGAGCCACGUGCGAAGCAUAUGAGACAGAACACGGAAUCCAUGCCUCCAGUUAGCAAAGACAUGUUUUCUUAUAUGGGAGAAUCUGUCGUCGUCUACACUGAUGGCUGCUGCUCCAGUAACGGACGCAGGAGGGCCCGAGCAGGAAUUGGUGUUUACUGGGGGCCGGGCCAUCCUUGGAAUGUAGGCAUUAGGCUUCCUGGGCGGCAGACCAACCAACGAGCGGAAAUUCAUGCAGCCUGCAAAGCCAUCGAGCAAGCAAAGGCGCAAAACAUUAAGAAGUUAGUUCUCUAUACGGACAGUAUGUUUACUAUAAAUGGUAUCACUAAUUGGGUUCAAGGUUGGAAGAAGAAUGGUUGGAAAACGAGCACAGGGAAAGAGGUGAUCAACAAGGAGGACUUUGUGGCCCUGGAGCAGCUCACCCAGGGCAUGGACAUCCAGUGGAUGCAUGUUCCUGGUCAUUCGGGAUUUACAGGCAAUGAAGAAGCUGACAGAUUAGCAAGAGAAGGAGCUAAGCAAUCUGAAGACUGAACGAAAGGAUUUUAAUUCUUGGAAAAACUUGAUUGGCAGCAUCGAGUCUCAGGAGGUUCGUGUUGACUUGUACCUUCCUGUGGAUUAGAGCGAGGCAGUGCUCUCCUGGUGGCUGCAGCCCACACCCGGGCCCCCGCCGUAGCAGAGGGAGUGCAGCCCGGGGCUUACCUGGCUGGCACCCGUGUACAAGACAAGCCUGCACGUAGCCCUGGCUCUUGAUCUUUGAUUAGGAACCGUUACUUACGGAGCAAGAUGUGUAAAUAAAUCUCUUAAAGUUUC